AAAGAACAGUAACACGAUUUGGCGGCACUAACAAUUAAAGCAUGGCUCCCAAAGCUCCAGCAAAAAAACAGGAGAAAGGUGAUAAUCAGGUCAAGAAGACCCAGGGUAGUAAAAAUGUAUCCAAGAAAUCUCAAAAACCUUCAAAGUCACUUAAGGCCCUAAAAAGUGUAAAAGGUGGCAAAGUUGUGAAGGCAGGAAACAAAAAGUCCACAGCCUCUCUGAAGGCGUUGAAAGCACAACGGGCCGUCACACUUGGUGCUCACACGAAAGGCAAGAAAAGAGUGAUGUAUACUACGCGAUUCAGGCGACCUAAAACGUACAAACCUCCUCGCUGUCCAAAAGAUAGAAGAUUUCUGAUUCCCAAGAGAAACAAACUUGAUGCCUUUCGUAUCAUUCAACAUCCGGUUACAACCGAAGCUGCUAUGAAGAAAAUUGAAGAUAACGACACGUUAGUGUUCAUUGUUGACAGAAGAGCAAACAAACCAGCAAUCAAGGCAGCUGUCCAAGAACUUUAUAAUAUCAAAGUUGCGAAAGUCAACACGCUUAAUUGCCCUAACAACGUUAAAAAAGCAUAUGUAAAGCUACCUCCUGAUUUCGACGCCUUAGAUGUUGCUAAUAGAAUUGGUAUUAUAUAAGUUGUACAAAAAAUACAUGUGCCAGUGUUUCGAAAUACUUGUGUAAUUAUGCUUUAUUUGAUCUGGUGUAUAGUAUUUUUCCCGAAGUAUGCAAUAUGGUCGUACUUCCUAACUCUAGUAAAAAUAAUUGACUUCGUAAACCCC